GUCCACCGACGCGUCACUGCGCAUUCAACAUGGACCCGACGGUAAAGCGGUAGCGACGGACGCGUCUACGAGUCAUGUUUAUAUUCGCCUAUCACGACGCUUCAGUAUUCAAAAGAAAAUACUCCGUUUGACCGGAGGAAACCUAAAAUGUAUAGCUACCAAACUCUACCGCCCGUCCUUGGAUAAGUGAUUGAUGAGAUACCGGUCAUGGCUGGAUUGAUCAAGAAACAGAUCCUGAAACACCUCUCCAGGUUUGCUAAGAACCUCUCCCCAGAUAAGAUUAAUCUGAGCACUCUGAAAGGGGAGGGCCAGCUUACCAACCUGGAGCUGGAUGAGGAGGUUUUGCAGAACAUGUUGGAUCUGCCCACCUGGCUCGCCAUUAAUAAAGUCUUCUGCAAUAAGGCCGCCAUCCGGAUCCCAUGGACCAAGCUGAAGACUCAUCCAAUCUCUCUGUCUUUGGAUAAAGUUGUCAUGGAGAUGAGCACCUGUGACGAGCCUCGCCCUCCCAACGGUCCAUCACCCAUUGCCACAGCCUCAGGUCAAAGUGAAUAUGGUUUUGCGGAGAAAGUGGUGGAGGGCAUCUCACUCUCUGUGAACUCCAUAGUGAUCCGCAUCAGCGCCAAAGCCUUUAAUGCCUCCUUCGAGCUCUCGCAGCUCCAGGUCCUCAGCGUCAACACCAGCUGGGCCACUGGUGACCUGCGAUACACACGCAUCCUGGACCCCACACGUGGAGAGAUCCUAACGUUUAAGGAAGUGAGCUGGCAGAUGAUCAGGAUUGAAGCAGAUGCCAUCCAGAACACCGAACAUGAGGUCCUCAGAGCCCCCAUACGCCUCAUCACCAACCAAUCAAAGAUCAGAGUCACUUUAAAGAGGAGGAUGAAAGACUGUAAUGUUGUUGCAUCAAAGCUGAUUCUGAUCCUGGAUGACCUGCUGUGGGUGCUGACGGACUCUCAGCUCAAGGCCAUGGUGCAGUAUGCUAAGUCUCUCAGUGAAGCCAUGGAGAAAUCAGCUGCACAGAGGAAGACCAUGCCCCCCGACACCACACAGGUAACACCGCCACCCCCCUCAGCCCAGCAGGUGCGCACACAGCAGGCUUCAGCCACAGCAGAUCAGAGCGCUUCCAUGGAACGGCUCUUCAACUCUUAUGAUGUUCGUGAAACCUCACACCAUCUCCAAAUCACACACUUGGACCUGCAUAUUUGUGACGACACCAAUACCAAGGACAGAGGAAUUAAUAAGAGAUUAGAUGGUGGCGCAAUGCAGGUGUCCUUCAGUUCUAUAACUGUAGACUAUUAUCCCUUCCACAAAGCUGGUGAGGGCUGUUUGCAUUGGAUGCAUUACAGCGAGGCCACAAAGUCUCGUGAGACCUGGGUCCGUUCUCUCCUGGAGGAGUUUAAGUCUAAUGUGGAUAUGCUCAAAAACGUAGUCAGUGGCCAGUCCCAGAGCUCUCCUCAGCAUGGAAAGAUCUCCACCAGCUCCAGCACUUCCUUCUCGCCUCCAUCUGCACCGAGAACCCAACUCAUGUCCAGCUCAAUUGUGCUACGGAUAGCAGAUUUCAGCAUCUAUCAGGUGUCUACAGCAGACCAGCCACGCUCCAGUCCUCAAAGCAUGAUAUCCUGCAAUAAGAAAACCCUCUAUCUCCCUCAAGAGAUGCCGGCCAUCCAUGCCGAAUUCACAGAGUACUACUUCCCGGAUGGCAAAGACUAUCCCAUCCCUUGUCCCAACCUGUACGUGCAGUUGAACGCGCUACAGCUGGUGCUCGACUCGCGCAGUCUGAUUUGGCUCAAUCUGUUUGCACUGGACCUUCGUCAGAGCUUAGAACAAUUCAUGGAGCUGUACAAACUCAAUGACUCGCAGAAACCUGACGAACAUGUAGAUAUCAGAGUGGACGGGCUCAUGCUGAAGCUGGUGAUUCCUGCAGACCAGGAGAAGGCUCAGCCUGGCCAGCCUCGCUCUGUGUCAGUGCAGACCUCUGAGAUGGUAGCCACUAACACACGGCACUCUUCCGGAUGCACACGAUCCAGUCUGGAAGCCCUUUUGCUGGCCUUCCAGGAGCAACCCUUCUUCACCUCCCUCUCUUCCUCCUUUCCUCAUGCCCAAAACUCCUCCUCUGUGCUCCAUCCGGUCUUCCAGCGGCAUGCUCAUGAGCAGGAUACACGUGUUCAUGAUGUGUACCGGGGCCUCGCUCCACCAUCUCUCUCCACCAAGGCCCUCAAAACACCAGCAGCCACUGACUUGUGGGCUCUGCACUUCUCUCAGUUCUGGGUGGACUAUGAGGGCUCACGCAGUGGGCGAGGUCGUCCGACACCUUGCGUGGACUCUUUCCCUCUGACACUUUGGGUAUGCCACCCUUCCCGAUAUGCACAGCACAACGAGAGGCUCAGAGCAGGUGUAGGGUCGGGUCUGUUGCCUCGCAGUGAGUCAGCAGAGAUUGCCAAUCGUCUGCAGAGGAAGAAACUUCUUAAGGAGUACUACACCACUGAUGCGUGUCCAAGCAACACGCCAAGCAAUGGUCUCCACAAACCACAAUCUCUAGAUGGCCUAUUCAGUGACUCCUCUUCGUCUCUUUCCCUUGAUUCCUCGUCCUCGUCCAGUGAAGUAGACGUGCAGGUGCUAGUGCACGUUCAGAAGCACCUGAGUGCUCAGGUGAGCCAUGGGCAGUAUAUGUUCCUGCUCAGACUGCAACAUGCUGUGAAAUCUCUGCAGCGCACUUUACAGCAAGAUCUGGAGCAGUACGGCUCCAAGCUCCAGGGUCCCACACAACCCUUCAGCGCUUGCGUGGGCGUGCUCAUGAAAAGUGCAGAAGUUGCACUACUCUUAAAGCCUAUUCCCCAACCGGAUUUAAGCACCAGCCCCCUGGACUCUGAUGUCUCCCCCUCAGAAAGCAGGACGACUCUUGAAGCCGGGAUUGAGGUGGGCGAGGGACACGAGAUACCCUCGGCUGAAGGAGAGUGUAGUCCAAACGUAGAUCAGCUCCUUUUUGCUGGUACGCAUGGCCUCAACGUAUCUCCUCUCCUUCCUUCCUCAUCCCCAUCUCCUGCUCUGAGAAAGGCGUCUAUGGAUGAGAGGAGUAGCGUGGCAUCUGGAGGGAGGGAGAAGGAAUUGAGAGAAGGAUCUCCUGAUGUAGAGGGCAGCAGAACUGAAAUCAAAGGGCAACAGAGUGAAACCUCUCAUGGUGGAACUGCGGUAAUAGAUCCCAUCUCCGACACUUCUUCCAGGGAGUGGAACGACAAGAGUCAGGGAGGCAGGCUGCCUCAGUCCAUAUCCAGGAAAGGCAGUUUAUCAGUGGUCUCUGACCUCUUAACCUCCACGCACAGCAGGUCUACCUCCUUAUAUUCCAUGUCCAACAUUGGUCGUUUGAUGCAGGGCAAGUCACAGUCGAGUUUCGCCGUGUCCUUUAAGAACAUGAAGAAAAGUCCUUCGCUGCAGUCUCUGGAUGAUCUCUCCAUAGACAGCUACUCACUGGAGGACUGUGAUAGCUACAGCCUGCUGGAGAGAGAUGAUGUAUCGAUCUCUGGCUUUAAGGACGCUCUAAAUGAACAGAAUUCCACAGAUGGGGCUAAUGUGAGUCUCGCUCAGGAGGCAGAUGAGGCCCAGUCACCUGACGCCAUCAGCGCUGCCUCACAGAGCAUAGACGAACCCACAAAAGACCUUGUGUCGGUACUGAUUUUGAAGGUUCACUCGGUCUGCUGUUCUCUGGAUCUGAAGGGUGAUGACACAGCAGUAGCUCUGGAGGUGGGGCGGAUCCGACCCAAUCAGCUCGGCAACGUCAGUUUGCGGCAGUAUCUUAGCAACCGCAGCCUGGGUUUAGUGUCUUCAGCAUCAGCCACUCAGAGUGGUGAAGGCUCUGGGUCAGGGUCUGACCCCAGCAUGGUGUUAUUAAAUCCAGAGGUGCAAGUAAGGCUGGAAAGUGGCCCGGGGGCUGCGGUUCACUCUCCUCUCGCAGAACAGAACGGCUUCCUGCAGUGCCGCCUACAGGCCUUCAGUGCCGACUUCCUCAUGACGUCACUGCGAAACCUCGCCCUCUUCCUGGGGGAUGACUCCGCCUCCCAGGUCCUCCCCAUGGAGAUCACCAUCAAAGAUACACACGUGAACCUCAAGGAUGAUGGUCCCCGUGACAAAGCGUCAGAGCCCGAAGCCACGCCCAUCGCCGUGCAUAUUCAUAAUCUGCUUAUCCAUCGUCAGGAUGACGGCUCAUUCAGCAUUGGAGGAGCUGAGCGUGCUGCGGACCCAAAGCUUCAGAAGGCGGGGCAUGUGAAUGACAGCAGGCUCAGUUCUGUCCCUGAAGUUCCUGUAGGUGUGGCCAGUGAGCCGAAAGCCACUCAGACUGCACCUCUGUCACACACAAGCCCCACCCCCUCAAGUAGAGAACAGCUGCUCGUGGAGGAGAAUGAAUGCUUGAAACUGGAGCUGUCCAAAGCCAAGAUGGCGCUAGCAGAAGCCCAGAUGGAGAAAGACUCUCUCCAGCAUCAAAUGAAGAGUCUCAAACUCACCAGCGGGGGCAGCAACAGCUAGUGGCAGUGCAUGUGUGUGUGCAUACAGGACAGACACUCGCCACAGGGGGGCAGCAGAGUGCUUGGAGGGGCCCGGCGCCAUGAAAACUUCAAAUAAAAAAUUCUCAAUUGGAGAAUGGUAUGUGUGCCGUGAGCUCUCACUUCACUCGGGAACCAGACUUAAUAAUCAGUGGCAUCUGCUCUUAAAGAACAGUGUUCUUUACUAUAGUGUGCACACAAAGCUUCAGAAACAGAAAAAGUC